GCAAUACGCGAAACUCGCAAAUCGACCAAGCGCGUCUCGCCCUGCGUCUCGCUUCCACUCUUCGCCAUGUCGCUCCGACAACCACAAAACGAGGGCGUUUGUCUGCGCUUCCCGGACGACUUCCCGCCGCAUCCGACGUUCUCGCAUGAAGUCGCGGCUCAGAUGCUGCUCCGUGCUAUCCAGCUCUCGAUGCAGGUCGCGUUCACCUGGCAAUUUAUAGACAAGCCGACAGAUGGCCAACUCAUCCUCCUUUUCAUGGUGCCUCAGCUUCCUUUCCCAAUAGACGGCCUGCGGUACUUGGACCAAGAACAGCGCUAUAACAUCCCCCUCGGCAACAACCGCGAAUUGGAAGUCAUCGAAGCGCGCUUCGGGUUUCUCCCCAACUCGGGCGAGACGACCGCGUCCCGCGUUCGUCGCCGGUACCGCUUACACAAGGGCGGUCACCCGCAGCUCGUCCUCGUGCACUACUCGCGCGGACAAUCAUUGGCCAUUCCGCCCCAUCUCGUGAACCAGCCGACCCGCGCCUACCCACUACGCACGCUGAACGAGCCCCCGGUGAACGUGUUCGGCGACAAGGGCCCCGCCGUGCGGCAGAGCGGCGCGCCCAUGCCGUCUCCGGCGCAGCAGCAGCCGAUGUCGUUUGGCGUGCGCGGCGACCCGCAGGCGAUGCUCGCGCACCAGAACAGGGAGAUGGAGGCGCUCGAGCGCCGGAGCAUGCGCGAGCGCAGCUUGAGCACGACCCAGGUGACCCAGAUGCAACAGGCGCAGCGGCAGGCGCCCCCGCACGCGCGGGACGAGGAGGAUCCCGCGGACGACCUCGAGCAUAUCUCGACGCGCACGCUCGCCAUGACGCGCUACAAGAGAAACCACGAGCUGAUGAACGAGGUGUUCAUGUUCGCCGCAUUCGGCGACAAGCACACAGAAAAACCCCCGCCCCCGUACUCGAUAUUCGACAAGACCAAACUUGAAGACGAUGCCUCUAAGCUCGCGGCCGAGAUCGAGCAGCUUCGCGCGAAGGCGGCGGCGCGUCGCGCCUUGCAAGCCGAAGCUAAAACACCGGACCGGGACAUGAGCAUGGCAUCUGCGGACGUCUCGUUCUCCGUCGAUGCGCCGCCAUCAGACGGGGGGGAUAUGCUCGUGACGUGAUUCUGCAACUGUGUAUGUUCUUCAUUUUCUAUGAUCGGCUGUCGCAUGUAUCAGUAUCUUCUUUGCCGCAAUUCAUUGGCCCAUGAGGAGGCAUUCCCGUAUAAGAUCCGGGCAGGCAGAUGGUUUCAAGACUCUGCCAGAAGAAGGGCUCUGUAUAU